UUGUGUUGUGCAUUUUCUUUUUCUUCUCUCUUCACAGCACUGCGAGGAUCCCUUUUUUCUGGUGGAUCUUGGCGAUAUCAGCACCAAGUAUCGAACAUGGAAGGAGCUCGUUCCCCGUGUCCACCCGUUCUAUGCUGUCAAGUGCAAUACGGAGUAUAUAGUAAUCAAGCUGCUAGCCGACCUGGGGGCCUCAUUUGAUUGUGCCAGCAAGAUCGAAAUUGAGACGAUUUUGAAUCUUGGUGUAUCACCAUCCCGCAUUAUUUAUGCGAAUCCAUGUAAACAGAACUCAUUCAUACGCUAUGCGGCAAAACACAACGUGAACACAAUGACGUUUGACAAUGAAGCAGAGCUGUACAAGAUCAAAGAGUUCUUCCCAGAAGCCAGGUUGGUUCUACGCAUCCUGCCUCCAGUUAAGUUUAAGGUUCAGUUUGACUUUGGAGUCAAAUUUGGAUGUCACCCAAAGAAGGCUGCUGAUCUGCUGACAAAAGCUAAAGAACUUCGACUCAAUGUCGUAGGAAUUAGUUUUCAUGUUGGAAGUGAUAUUCAGGAGGCUGAAGCAUAUGCAUCAGCAGUUGAGCAUGCAUACUACGUGUUUGAGUUAGGGCAGGAAAUGGGAUUCAAAUUGGAGCUGCUCGAUGUUGGAGGAGGAUUUCCUGGAGUGGACACUACAGAAAUCACCUUCAGAGAAAUUGCUGACGUUCUCAACACAGCGUUGGACAAAUACUUCCCAGAGGGCGCUGGAGUAAAAAUCAUAGCAGAACCGGGAAGAUACUUUGUGGCGUCAGCCUUCACGCUAGCAGUUAACGUCAUCGCCAAACGCAGUGUACUACAAGACAAAUCAGACUACGAUGAUGGUCAAGAGAUGAUGUCAGCAUCACCGAACAGUGAACCAGAAUACAUGUAUUAUGUUAAUGAUGGACUGUUGGGCUCAUUCGUCAUUCUACUGGUAGUUCACGAUAAGGUCCAAACACAUAUAGUCCGGGAUUGUCAAGACGAAACCACGUUUAUCUCAAGUGUCUGGGGACCAACCUGUGCCGGAUUUGACCUUAUUGUGGAGGACUAUCGCCUGCCAGAACUUCAUGUUGGAGAUUGGCUCUUCUUCGAGAACAUGGGAGCUUAUUCCAUGUCUUUAUCGACGUGCUUCAACGGCAUGCCUCAUCCUUGGUGUUACUUCUAUUGCACUGAGCAGAGCUGGUUUCAGUUAUAUUCUGACUAGACGAAACCGACAAAUAAGGAUUCCUUCAAUGACUGUCCCAAUUCUCAAGAUGGACACAGACAUAGUUUACCUGGCCUGUGAUCAGACAGACACGUGUUAGUAUCUCCUCGCAACUUUGAUCGAAUCUGUGAUUGUUUAUGCUGAAGUUCUGUUUUCUUGGCAAAUAAUUAUUUAUCAAUAAAACAAUUUUCUGUUU